AUGAUGCUAUCUUCUUCGCCAACAUUCUUCGGUCCUUCAUUUAUCUUCUCUUCCUCUCUCCCGUUCUCCCCUCUAUCACGACCAUGUCGCACGUCACAUAUAUCUCUUUCUGCAACCACUGCCUCCUCCCACACCUGCGCUGAAGAUCAACCGAGACUGCGCCAGAUUCCGCAGAGACUUUCGGAGACCCCGUCGCUCUACGAGAUCCUUGAAAUUCCCGUUGGUUCGACGAGCCAGGAGAUCAGAUCAGCUUACCGUCGACUAGCCAGGAUCUGCCAUCCCGACGUGGCUGGAAACGGUCGAAAUUGCUCGUCCGCAGACGAUUUUAUGAAGAUCAACGCGGCGUAUUGCACGCUUUUUGAUCACGAGAAACGCGCCGUUUAUGAUCGGAAGAUCCUUUGCCGGGUCCGGCCGUUGACGGUCGGUGUUUCUGGAUUUGGCAGUUACUGCGGAGGGAAUUGGGAAACUGAUCAAUGCUGGUAG